UAGCGCACAUAUGCGAAUAUUAUAUGCAGGAGGGCACAUUCACGGGCAACUUGCUCUCCAGCUACAUACAUGAUAGAAUAAAUGUCUCUAGAGGCACCGCGCAAAGUCGCGCUCUCAUGGUCUGGGAAGUAAUGCAGUCAAAGGCCAAGGACGAAAUAGCAUGCAUGGCUGCGCUAUGCAGCCUGGGAAAUGCACAGGAUGCCCUGUACAGAGAGGCCCUUGUGUACUGCAUGUCUCUGCACAUUCGAGGAGAAAAGGCGCCGUAUUUUGUGCAAAGCGUGUCCAACAUUCUGGGAACAUUCAUGCUUUCUGACCAGGCUGUGCAAAAUAGCGUGCUGAGCAUUCCCAUAUUCGCGCGCGCAUUCACGGGCCUGUACCCGCACAUAGAAAUAUCUGACGAGAGAUACAGGCGCAUAUUCAAGGCCCCAGACAUGAUCACCCACAUGCACGCGUACACCGGAUAUCCCGAGUUUUACUCACUUCUUACAGAGUACAUUUAUGCCUACAAAGAAGAAAGCAAAGAAAACCUUUCCAAAUGCAAAAACAUUUUUAAAGAUAUAUGCAUCAAGACUCUUUUUUUGGCUAUAUUUAGAGAGAACACGGUAGACCAUGCAGACGCACUUAGGGAGAUGCUCUCUAAAGAAGGUGCCGCGGGGAAAGAAAUUGCGCGCAUGCUCGAUCUCAUAUGGUUUGGCCUGGCUUGUAUUAAAAAGAAAGACUACUUUUCGCUGGUGAAGUCUUUGUACGACCGCAUACCAAUGGAAGUGCCCCAUAGCAUGCCUAGCACAUUUUUCAAUUGCUUUCACGCCACAGCACUAGGUGUUGUAUUGUACAUGGGCAAGAAUGCACAGGAGCUCGCAGAAGAUGAAAACACGCAGAAGUUCAGUGACAUUAAAAAAACAUUUGCGGACAUAUGCUGCAUAGAGUGGUAG